UAAUAAUAACAAAAAAAGGAAAAUAAAGCUGGGUGGGUUUUAUAAUAGUUACGGUGAACUUGGUCGCAUUGGAUAAUUUUGUGAUUGUUCUUCUUGGGCGGACCAAUAAAAGCCUCUCUUUUGAAUCACCCACAGAUCUAUCGCCUCUCUUCACUCGUGCCUCCCAGAAUUUUGUUUCCCGUUGAUAAAGGGUUUAUCAUUGGUGGAUGAUUAGUGAAACUUUUUAAGGAGAUAAUAGUUUACUAGAUUUAGUUAAAAAUGGCAGCUUCAAGCGGCUCUGGUUUGGAAGCUGAAGAGGGGGAAAUAAGUAUAGACAUGGAGGAAGACAUGGAUCUAACAGAAGAUGAUUUCAGAAAUGUGUCUGGCCAGUUUUCAGGGGAAGCAUCGAUAGUGGAGGUUCGGGAUGCUGUCAAUGUCAGUGUUGAAACCGUUAAAGUGGAUGUUAGCUCUAAAUCUGGUGUUAAAAGACCUAGAACAAUCUCUCUGGAACAGCAACCUUCGGUCCAUGUUACUUAUAAACACUUAACAAGAAAUAGUAAGCAGAAGCUGGAAAGUUUAUUACAGCAAUGGUCAGAAUGGGAGGCAGAACAAAAUUCCUUCUCUGAGGAUCAAGAACAAGUACUAGAAUCUGGUGAUGAGACAUACUUUCCUGCUUUACGUGUGGGAUUGCAGAAGACAUCAUCUGUAUCAUUUUGGUUUGACUACCAAACUGGUCACAGUUCUUCGAAGAAGUCUGUUCCAGUGGAAAGUAGCACUACUCCUCUUUAUAAUCGUGGAUUUACAAUUGGUUUAGAUUCAGCUGGUGGUUCAAAUAACAUGGAAGGAGGCUUGGAGAUUAUUGAUGAUCCUCCACGUUGCUUCAAUUGUGGUGCAUACAGUCAUUCCAUUAGAGAAUGUCCAAAGCCUUUUGAUCGAUCAGCAGUUAGUAAUGCUCGGAGGGAACAUAAAAGCAAAAGAAACCAGACUUCUGGAUCCCGUCUACCGUCCCGAUAUUAUCAAAGCCCUCAAGGUGGAAAAUAUGAUGGCUUGAAGCCUGGCUCACUUGAUGCAGAGACGCGUAAACUUCUUGGUCUAAAGGAACUCGAUCCUCCUCCAUGGCUUAACAGAAUGCGAGAGAUUGGAUAUCCACCAGGAUAUUUGGGUGUAGAAGACAACGAUGAUCUCUCGGGAAUCACUAUAUUUGGUGAGGAAGAGACUAAAGAAGAGGAAGAAGUUAAGACUGAGGAAGGUGAAAUCUUGGAAGAAAAAGCAAGCCCUCAAGAGCCAAGAAGGAUAAUGACAGUUGGGUUUCCCGGGAUUAACGCACCCAUACCAGAAAACGCAGAUUCAUGGCUAUGGGAACAGAGGAAUAACACAGGGCAUACUUAUUAUCAUGAUCACCUUCGACCACAAAAUUAUGGAUAUGAGAUGGGCCCUCUAGGUAUUCAACUGUCUUCGAGCUUUCCUCCAAGGUAUGGCAUUAGAUAUGAUCAUGGGUUCGGUUUAUGACCAAUAAGCCCGGGAUCCGAAAGAGUUAAGAUCCAUUUAGUUUUAGCAGCAGAAGGUGAAUUCAUUAGUGAGUGUGGGAUGUAUAAUAACGUUAUUAAGUUGUUUUAGAUCUAGCAUCGGUAUCCAAGUUUUGCUCGAAGCGCCCGAUUAAUCUAGUGGUCAGCAGAUCCAUUAGUUAAAGAGUUACCCCCUAAGCCAAUUACUGUUAUAACAUUCAAGCUUAAGCCAAGUGGUCUAUGCUCAGUUUUUGUUCAAUCGGAAUCGAACCUUAACGUCCUUAGCCUUAAAACUUGUAACAUGUCCGUCCAUCAAUGUACAAGAUUUUUUGUUUUUGUUU